AGUGGGCUUUUGAAUAUGUCGCGCCAGCAGGGAGGCCGGAGGUUUGACCCGCGUGCGGGAUUCCGCACGGAGGGCAAGGACAGAGGUCCCUCUGUUCCCCAGGGUCUGCUGAAGGCAGCGAGGAGCAGCGGCCAGCUCAACUUGGCGGGAAGGAACCUCGAAGAAGUCCCUCAGUGUGUAUGGAGAAUAAAUGUGGACAUCCCUGAGGAGGCCAAUCAGAAUCUUUCAUUCAGUUCUACUGAGCGAUGGUGGGAGCAGACCGAUCUGACCAAGCUAAUCAUCUCCAGCAAUAAACUCCAGUCUCUUUCUGAUGACCUCCGACUCUUACCUGCCCUUACUGUUCUUGAUAUUCAUGAUAAUCAGCUGACGUCACUUCCUUCAGCUAUAAGAGAGUUAGACAAUCUUCAGAAACUUAACAUCAGCCAUAACAAACUGAAAAUGCUCCCUGAAGAAAUUACAAGCUUAAAAAAUCUGAAGAUGCUGUACCUCCAACACAAUGAGCUGACAUGCAUACCUGAGGGAUUUGAGCAUCUGUCCAACUUAGAAGAUUUAGAUCUUUCAAACAAUCGUCUUGCAACUGUGCCUGCUGAUGUUGCUUUGCUGUCCAGUCUGCUGCGGCUCAACCUUUCUAGUAACCAGCUGAAGAGUUUGCCAGCAGAAAUAAGCAGAAUGAAAAGGUUAAAGCAUUUGGAUUGUGAUGCCAAUCUCCUGGAGACUGUGCCUUCUGACGUGGGUGGCAUGGAGUCGCUGGAAUUGCUUUAUUUGCGGAGGAACAAAUUACGUGUUCUACCUGAAUUUUCUUCUUGUAGGCUACUAAAGGAAUUGCACCUAGCUGAAAACCAGAUUGAAUCACUAGGGGCAGAGCAUCUUCAACACCUGCAGGCCAUCCUUGUGCUGGACCUAAGGGGCAACAAGCUGCAGUCUGUUCCUGAGGAAGUGGCCCUGCUCCAGUCUUUGGAAAGGCUUGACCUAAGCAACAAUGAUAUUAGUAGUCUGCCCUGCUCAUUGGGAAACCUUCAUUUGAAAUUCCUGACACUAGAAGGAAAUCCUCUAAGAACCAUUCGAAGAGAAAUUAUAGCCAAAGGAACUCAUGAAGUCCUAAAAUAUCUGCGAAGCAAGAUCAAAGAUGAUGGAACCAGUCAAAAUGAUUCUAUUCCUAAGACUGCCAUGACACUACCAAGUGAAUCUAGAGUCAAUAUCCAGGCCAUCGUCACACUAAAGCUGCUAGACUAUAGUGAUAAACAAGCAACCUUGAUUCCUGAUGACAUAUUUGAUGCCACAAAAAGCAACAUCAUCACUUCUGUCAACUUCAGUAAGAAUCACCUGUGUGAGAUUCCGAAAAGGAUUAUUGAGCUGAAGGAAAUGGUAUCGGAUGUCAACCUCAGUUUUAACAAGCUUUCCUUUAUAUCCCAGGAAUUAUGCUUGCUUCAGAAAUUGACAUUUUUAGAUUUAAGGAAUAAUUUUUUAAGUUCUUUACCUGAAGAGAUGUCAUCGCUGACAAAACUACAAACGAUCAAUCUUUCCUUUAACAGGUUCAAAGUGAUGCCUGCAGCUCUGUAUGACAUCCCCACAUUGGAAGCAGUUCUGAUCAGCAACAAUCAAGUUGGUUCUGUGGACCCUCAGAAGGUGAAGCUGAUGGAAAACCUGAGUACUCUGGACCUUCAAAACAACGACCUCUUGCAGAUUCCCCCAGAGCUUGGGAACUGUGUGCAGCUACGAACACUACUGCUAGAUGGAAAUCCAUUCCGAGUUCCUCGAGCGGCCAUACUAAUGAAAGGCACAGCUGCUGUGCUGGAGUAUUUGAGAGACCGAAUUCCUGCCUGAAGACAGCUGGCUUUUGUUCUGGACAGGACAGAGCUAGCCUUCAGUGGCUGCUGGUCUCCAAGUGUCACUAAGCAGUCACUGUUCCAGCUGUGUUCAUCCCACUAAAUGUUUACAGGCUUUGAAGUGCUGUGAACAUUUUUAAUGAUGUUUACUGCAACACAUUUUAAGUGUUUUGCAAGUUUAUUCCCUUAUGACAUUGCAAAAACUUUUCAUUUGCUUUAAUAUUACAUAAUGGUAAGGCAACCAUCUUUGUAAUUCUGGGUUCCCCCUGGUUUCUUUUUAUUUUCCAUAUAAUGUGGACUGAGCAAGAACAUAUUAGGUAGAAAGUCAGCAAACUUUACUAAAUAUUAUCCUUUGGCACUUAAGAAAAAAAAAAAAUCAGACUUUUCAUUGCCCAGGAUAGGACUUGCUGUGUGUGGUAGUCAGUGUCAAUGCAUGUGUGUAUUUGGAGGUUUGGUUUUGACUUUUAAUUAUUUUUUAAUGUGUGCAUGUUCUUUAUUCCAACCUAGCAUAUAUUAUUAUUUCCAAAACCUUGAUUCUGAAAUCUGCUUACAGUGUGAUUAAAACUAGACUGGCAGUUUUAUAGGAAAUUAGGUAUUGGCGAGCUUGAUUUAAUAAAAACCAAAUAUAAACAUUGUUGUUUACACUGAAAUUACCAAAAUCAGGUUUAUGAGCCAUUCUGGCUCAGCAAGUGAUUGAUGUGUCAAGUAGCCAGUUCAUUAGUAGUAUGUGUCACUGGGCAGAGGGCAGAGGUAGAGAGCUUACAGAUGGUUGAGGUUGUUGCUCUUAGGAAAAGUCAGUGCUAAUAAAGAUACAUGCUUCGUGUUCAUAAUAAAAAUUACAUUUUUAAGAUA